UGCUCAGCCAAGGAAAAAAAAAACAGUGUCAAAAAUCGAACAUUGAAAAAUUUUCUCUCGUCAUUUGAAACUAUUUUUGCAACACUACCGGGAUCCAUCACAGAACACAGGUGUUUUAAUCCAAUUAGCGGGUGCCACCAAACAGAGCGUACCUUGCGGGUCAAACGAAACUAAUCAACUGAAGUGGUCACGGUCACCGCACUUCCAUCAUCAUCAUGUGGGCACCAGCGUUUUGCCGGAAACAUUUCUCCCUGCUGACGGUAGUCUGCGUGGCCGCUGUGCUGCUCAGCUUGGCUCCGGCCUCCGGAAGUGCCGAGAAGGAGAUCCCAAUCACCAAGUUUAGCCAAAAUGUCGGCGGCUAUGGGGCCACCAUGACUUUCCUUUAUUGCUAUUCGUGCGGUUACCGAAAGGCUUUUGAUGAAUACUACAACAUAAUUCACGAAAAGUAUCCGGAGAUCCAGAUCAAGGGUGGCAACUACGAUCCGCCAGGAUUCAACAUGUACCUCUCGAAGGUCCUGCUGGUCACAAAACUGCUCAUGAUCAUCGCCUUGAUGUCCAACUUUGACGUUUUCGGAUUCCUUCGGACGGCCACACCCUCCUGGUGGCGCUGGUGCACCGAAAACAAAAUGUACGCCUGCAUGAUGAUCUUCUUCCUGGGCAACAUGAUCGAGGCUCAGCUCAUAUCGUCCGGGGCGUUCGAGAUUGCGCUGAACGACGUUCCGGUUUGGUCCAAGCUGGAAACGGGCCGCAUUCCGGCACCCCAGGAACUGUUCCAGAUCAUCGAAAGUCAUUUGCAGUUCUCGGACAAGAUCGAAGCGAAUCCCGACUUUGUCAAAUAAGGUUAACUAGCUCGUUCCUCAUUUUCCACGCGUUCUUUUGACGAACUCAUCUACGUUUGCAUAAAACGACCCAGGAACGCUUUCAUACCGAUAAAAUAGAGAGAUUCACAGUACCGCAAUGUUUCUGUGGCAAAGCGAGAGCAAUG